ACAAUAAUUAUAGGAGACAUGAGCUCCUCGUCCUCUUCCCUAUCGCCAAUUGGUCUCAAUAGGGAUCGACCGAUCGGUUUAGACAGAAAUAGCAGACAUAACGGACACUUACCUCUUCUGUUGGCCGGCGCCAAUUCAUACUACGGUCAGCUCAACAGCCAAUUGGCGUCGGUGUGGUCGUCGGCGGCGAGCGAGUCGGCCACAGCCUUGUCCUCAAUGCCGUCGAAACAGUGGCCGCAAGACUUGAAUAACGCGCUCUCAUUGUUGCCAUUCCUACGACCGGGCGCUCAGACGUCGUCGGCGCUCAACGCGUGGACAGCGGCCGCCGCCGCUUACGCCUCCCUAAUGCCCGGUUCGCAGCCAAUGACCGCCACACAAAUGGACAGAAUUAACAGCUCGUUCAUCAACGCUAAACGAGCCGACGAUAAUACCGGUGCCGCCGGUCCUCUAAAUCUCAAGAAUUGUAAGUUAAUAUGA